AUGAGGUUCGGGUUCAAGUUUUCCAACCUUUGUGGGUCUGUUUACAGCCAGGGGAAUCUGCUCUUCACGCCCGAUGGCGGGUCACUUCUCAGUCCUGUCGGGAACAGAGUGACAGUCUUCGACCUUGAGAACAGCAAGAGUCUCACGCUCCCCACGGAGAACGCCAAGAACAUUGACUGCGUCGCCCUCUCCCCCGACGGGACCGUCCUCAUCACCGUGGACGAGGAAGGGAGGGCGCUACUGAUCAACUUCCGCAGAGGCUCCGUGCUCAACUACUUCAACUUCAAGACCAGGGUCAGCGCCAUCCUCUUCAGCCCCUGCGGCAAAUACUUUGCAGUCUCCCACGGGAAGCUAGUUCAAGUCUGGAUGACUCCCAGCCUCAAACGCGAGUACGCUCCCUUCGUCCUCCACCGCACGUAUGGGGGUCACUUUGACGAGGUGGUGUCGCUCGACUGGUCGACCGACUCUUCCUACUUCAUCUCGGGCUCCAGGGAUCUGACAGCAAAGAUCUUUUCCCUAGAGCCCUCCCCUGGGUUCCCCGUCAACUUCGCAGGGCACAAGGACACGGUCAUCGCGGCUUUCCUGCCCAAGGAGGAGGACACGGCCUACACAGUAGCUCGAGACGGGUGCCUGGUAGCCUGGCAGAAGAAGGAGGACGUGGAGGACGGAGGAGGCGGCAACCGGGUGGGGAUGAAGCGGCACAGGACGAGCGGAGGAUGGAUGCUGAGGGAAAGGCACUUCUUUCAUCAGGGGAAGGUGCAGUGUGCUACGAUACACAAGGAGUCUUCGCUCCUUGUCGUCGGGUUCUCCAGCGGGAUCUUUGGGCUCUACGAGCUGCCGUCCUGCAACAACAUCCACACGCUCUCCAUCUCCAGCCAGAAGAUCAACAGCGUCAGCAUCAACAAGAGCGGCGAGUGGCUCGCGUUCGGGAGCAAGAAGCUCGGGCAGCUGCUGGUGUGGGAGUGGCAGUCUGAGACCUACGUCCUGAAGCAGCAGGGGCACUCCCAGGGCAUGAACUGCAUCGACUACUCGCCCAACGGCUCGCACAUGGUGAGCGGGGGAGAAGACGGGAAGGUCAAGAUCUGGCAGUGCAGCACGGGCUUCUGCUUCGUGACCUUCACUGAGCACACCGGGGCAGUGCAGUCGGUCAAGUUCCUGUCCAAGGGCAACGCCGUGCUGUCUGCCAGCCUCGACGGGUCUGUGAGGGCGUUCGACCUCGUGCGGUACCGCAACUUUCGGACUAUGACGACGCCGAAACCGACGCAGUUCCUGUCGCUGGCCGUCGACCCCUCGGACGAGAUCGUGUGUGCUGGUACGCAGGACUCGUUUGAGAUCUUCGUGUGGAGCCUGAAGACUGGGCGGCUGCUGGAGGUGCUGGCAGGGCAUGAGGGGCCGAUCUCCUGCCUGUCGUUCAACCCGAUCCAGCCAGUUCUGGCGAGCAGCUCAUGGGACAAGACGGUGAAGCUUUGGGAUGUUUUUGAGAGCAAAGCAGCGACGCAGACGCUGCAGCACAACUCGGAUGUUCUCUGCGUGACCUACAGACCCGACGGAAAGGAGCUUGUGAGUAGCGCGCUGGACGGGCAGAUUUACAUCUGGAACGCCAUCGACGCCAACCUCUUGGGGACUAUCGAAGGGAGAAGAGACGUGAUGGGAGGGAGAAAGAAGUCUGAUCGAACAAAGUUGGCGUCUCAGGCUUCAGCAAGCAGCUUCUCCACCUUGUGCUACAGUGCGGACGGCAAGUGCUUGAUCGCAGGGGGGAACACAAAGUGGGUUUGCAUUUACAACAUCUCGAGGAAGACCUGCAUCAAAAAGUUCCCCAUCUCCUCCAACCAGUCGCUCGACGGCAUCUUGGAUCAGUUCAACACCAGAAACAUGACAGAGGCUGGACCGCUCAAUGAGAUUGAUCAUGACAGCGAGGAGGAGCGAGAAGACGCGAGGGGGAGGAAGGACGAGACUCUGCCGGGAGCCAAGAGGGGCCAACUCACCUCCUCCCGCAAGACCGCCAAGGCCAUUCGCUCCACCUGCCUCCGUUUCUCCCCGACGGGACGCGCGUGGGCGGCAGCGACGACUGAGGGGCUUCUGAUUUAUUCCCUUGACGAGACUUCAAGUUUCGACCCCCUUGACCUCGACCUCGACAUCACCCCUGCUCGGAUCUACAAGAGCCUCGAGGACAAGGAGUGGCUCGAUGCCAUCCUGAUGGCCCUCCGGCUCAACGAGGCUAGCGUCCUGCGCUCAGUCUACGAGAGGGUCCCGAAGCAAGACAUCCCCCUUCUCGUCUCCUCCAUCCCUGCCCCUUACGUCAAGAGGAUGCUCGAUCUUGUUGCUGUUCAGGCUUCUUCGUCUCCCCACAUCGAGUUUCACUUGCAGUGGGCGGAGAGUCUCCUGCUCCACCAUGGCGCCGUCGUGAUGCAGGAGUUCAGCACCUACUCAGCUCCUCUAAGAGCCAUGCACAUGUCGUUCUCCCGCCAGAUGAAUGAUCUCAGUCACAUGUGCAACAACAACCACUACAGCCUCGCCUUCAUAACCUCACAGGCUGAGUCAGAUGGACAGUCUUUGUAGAUACUCGGAAGAAUAUACAUCCCAAUCAACAUC